UGGGGAAUCUGCUGAGCUGGCACUGCACCCGGUCCUAGGAGGGCUCUCGGAGGGAGGGUCUGCCAGGGUGAUCCCCGAAAAGAUGGCCCGGUCCGCUAGAACAGCGCUGCGUUAAGGCGCCUCGGAGAAGGAAAAAAUAAAAAACAUAAAACCAAAAAAACAAACAAAAAACAACCCCUGGCAAAGAACUGCACCCCGGGCCGCAAGCGAGGGGGAUUCCAAAUUGAGUGAAAGGCGGGGUGGAGGGCCAGCGGCAGCUAAGACCCCGAUCUCUUAACCCCCUCGCUUUGGAGUCCUUCCCCCCGGCUGAGCGUGGGGGAGACACGCACUCCGGUGGGGGGGGCGCCUCGGUCCCCCCCACCCCUCUUCCCUGGCGCUUUCCCACCCCGAGACGUCUCCUGGCCUCCCACCUCUUCACCCGGCUUCAACCAUGACGGUGGUGUCCGGGGAGAACGUGGACGAGGCUUCGGCCGCUCCGGGCCACCCCCAAGAUGGCAACUACCCCCGGCCGGCAGACCACGACGACCACGAAUGCUGCGAACGCGUGGUGAUCAACAUCUCCGGGCUGCGCUUCGAAACGCAGCUCAAAACCCUGGCUCAGUUCCCCAACACGCUGCUGGGGAACCCCAAGAAACGCAUGCGCUACUUCGACCCCCUGAGGAACGAGUACUUCUUCGACCGCAACCGGCCCAGCUUCGACGCCAUCCUCUACUACUACCAGUCGGGGGGCCGGCUGCGGAGGCCCGUCAACGUGCCGCUGGACAUGUUCUCGGAGGAGAUCAAAUUUUACGAGUUGGGUGAGGAGGCCAUGGAGAAGUUCCGGGAGGACGAGGGCUUCAUUAAGGAGGAGGAGCGCCCCCUGCCCGAGAAGGAAUACCAGCGCCAGGUGUGGCUGCUCUUUGAGUACCCCGAGAGCUCGGGGCCCGCGCGGGUCAUCGCCAUCGUUUCCGUCAUGGUCAUCCUCAUCUCCAUCGUCAUCUUUUGCCUGGAGACUCUCCCCGAGCUGAAGGAUGACAAGGACUUCACGGGCACCAUCCACGGCCUCGACAACACCACGGUCAUCUACGCCUCCAACAUCUUCACGGACCCCUUCUUCAUAGUGGAGACCCUGUGCAUCAUCUGGUUCUCCUUUGAGCUGGUGGUGCGCUUCUUCGCCUGCCCCAGCAAGACGGACUUCUUCAAAAACAUCAUGAACUUCAUUGACAUUGUGGCCAUCAUCCCUUAUUUCAUCACGCUGGGCACCGAGAUAGCGGAGCAGGAGGGAAACCAGAAGGGCGAGCAGGCCACCUCGUUGGCCAUCCUCCGGGUCAUCCGGUUGGUAAGGGUUUUUAGAAUCUUCAAACUCUCCCGCCACUCUAAGGGCCUCCAGAUCCUGGGCCAGACCCUCAAGGCUAGUAUGAGAGAGCUAGGGCUGCUCAUCUUUUUCCUCUUCAUCGGGGUCAUACUGUUUUCUAGCGCAGUGUACUUUGCCGAGGCGGAAGAAGCUGAGUCUCACUUCUCCAGCAUCCCCGAUGCUUUCUGGUGGGCGGUGGUGUCCAUGACCACUGUGGGAUACGGUGACAUGUACCCUGUGACAAUUGGAGGCAAGAUCGUGGGCUCCUUGUGUGCCAUAGCUGGUGUGCUGACAAUUGCCCUGCCCGUACCUGUCAUUGUGUCCAAUUUCAACUAUUUCUACCACCGAGAAACUGAGGGGGAAGAGCAGGCUCAGCUGCUCCAUGUUAGCUCCCCUAAUUUAGCCUCUGACAGCGACCUCAGUCGCCGCAGUUCCUCUACUAUCAGCAAGUCUGAGUACAUGGAGAUCGAAGAGGACAUGAAUAAUAGCAUAACCCAUUACAGACAGGCCAAUAUCAGAACUGGCAAUUGCACUACAGCUAACCAAAACUGCGUUAAUAAGAGCAAACUGCUGACGGAUGUUUAAAAUGCAAGCGAGCAGACAAAAAAGCCCCUCUUAGCAGCUUGAAGGACUUAAAAAACAGAAUAAAAACCGAAGUGACGCAUGUCACACUUUGUAGAUACUUUACUAGUCUUUGAAUGCUUUGUUUAACUGUCAAUGCAUUGUUGCAUUGUGAAUUUUGGGCGUGGUGAAAUGGAAGCUUUCAAGAUCCAUGAAAAAAGAAACUCUUUUUAUUUAAAAAAAAAAAGAGGGAAAAGAAAGAGUAUUUUCUAAAACUGGUUAAAAUAAUUCAGACCAUGAACUAGUCUAGGUAAAAUAGGAUUCAUGUGCUUCCCCAUAUUGAAACAUUUUUAAUCCUUUGGCUUCUUUAACUUAUUGUUGUUUUUAGCCUAAAAAACCAGGUGAUCACUUAUAAAUAUACAACUAAAAUUUGCAUGAGACUCCAAUAUAAAAUAUUUGCAAACUGCGCAGUGCAUCAGAUGUAUUAUAUGUAACAUGAUAUACCAGCCAAAAUGGGCGAUGAACAAAUGAUUUUGUUUUGGUCGGUGGAACUGCAUAUUACAAGGUAAAAAUAACUGAAAUUACUUAAGACUGGUUCACAAAACACCUUAUAAUUCUGAUACUGGUCCUGAUCCACAGGGCUUUGCCCUCUGCCCUGCUCCCUUCCUAGUCCAAACUAUUCUCUUAAGAAAAAGGAAAAAUGAAUUAAUUGAUUCAUCUGCAGUGCUGCUAAGUUUUCUCAACUGCAGUUGACCCAAACACAGGUCUUUUCUCACCAGUCCUGCACCCCAACCCUGCCUCCAGAACUGGACAUAGAACCUUAGCCUUCUUAUUGCAAGAGAGCACAAAUGGAGUUAAAUGUAAGCAUGUUUGAAUCUGAUAAUAUUUAUUUUUAAAUCGCAUGCUGAGAACGUCAACUCAGACAAUAGGGGAUAAGCUUACGUUGGAAUUGACUCUUUGAAAAAUAGAUCAUUUUUCAUUUGCAUUCACCAAAAGUGCACUCCUUCAUUUAUUGACUAUUUUAUUAGUAAAUAAGGUACUGUAUUUAAGUGCAUAUGUUAGUCAGAUGGGAACAAUAACUUUUUGGAGCUCAAAGCAUGUUCUCUUAUUCAGCAUUAUGGCCUAUUUGACUAAGGUGUACCUUGAAUUAAUGCAUGAUUUCAGUAAAAAAAAUAAAAAUAAAUUAAAAAAUCACAAGUUUGUGGGAUGGUGGGCCCCAAAGAAAUAAUGGGGGGUGGGGGUGGGGGUUACUCAGUCAACUUUCCUGCCUUUGCUCAGGGAUUAGGUUUCUGUGCAGGUGUAGGCAGAGAGAGAACCAAUAUGCCCAUCCCUUAAAGGGAGACUCCACGGACAAAAUAAAUAAGUCACCAAGGUAUGUAUAGCAACACCUAAGAACAAGUAUUCUUUCUAGCGGAAGAUAAACACAAGCGAAACAAACGAAAAAAGGGUGCAAUACUGCAUGUUUUCUUGGUGCAUUCUUAGGAUGUAAAUGAAAAUGUUUAUCUGUUACAUGCAUCCAGAGCAGAGCUGAUUUCUUUUUGCAGUCUUGAUCUGAAGUCUGUAGAGACUUCGGCCCUCCCGUUGAGGCUCCCUGAAGAAACUCAACCAAUUGAUUUAAUAGUUGCUUAGUGCCUUUAUCCUGUACCCACAAUGAACUGCAGAAAGUGCCUCCAUUAACAUAGCUGAGAAGUUAAGGAACAAAAGGGGGAAGGGUUAGGGCACAGAUAUUUUUGCUUUUGCUUUUUCCAUCCUUGCUUUCUCACUUCACCGCUGUGAGAAGACCACGCCAUCCUAAACCCCUGGAGAGGAAAGAGAGAUCCAGAAAGGUGCUGUCUCUCUGACCAUCUAACGGACUUGGUCCCUUUGGCGGGCUGAUGCUGAACGCGACGGGGGGCCGGAGACCCUGCUUCGAACCGGAUGUGAACCGUGAAGUUUUGUUUGAUCCUCUUCUCCACCAGAAGCCAAAAGUAAACUUUUUGGGAAUCUGUUUCCUGCGGAGGGCCACAAAGGACGUGCAGAGCUUCCUGAGGCCCAGUGUCGUGUUCUUUGCACAUGUGCUUAUUCCUCUCCCGUUGGCACUCUGCCUCCUCUCCACUCUCAAAACCCUGAAUCUCUGGAAGUCGGGUCUUUCCAGGACUCACCGGGGCUGUGGGAACACUCAGUUCAUCAGUAACUUUUCCCAGGCCUCCCUCCUGGUCCACCACCUUCAGAUAUUUCACACGAUGCUGUUCCCAUCUUCCCACCUGGCAGUCACCUCCCAGGCUGACCUUCUGCUGCCCCGGUCACCCACCCAAAGAAUGGCGGGUACCCCAUGCCUGGCUGAAAGCGAGCCUUUGCGACACAGGCUUCCGGAGCCCAGCAGCUGCCCACCCGUGGGGAGGCACUCACGGCCCUUUGAAGGACACCAAGGUGGGGCAUCUUCCUUCUCCACUUAGCAUGUGGCCGCCCACUACUGACCCCUGACACCCCUGCCCUGCUUCUUCUGGAACUCUUCCCUCUUACGUCCAUCCCUUUGCCCCACUUUUUAUCCUCGACUUAGCAGUGAGGCAAUAAACCAAGCAACCUGAGUCACACCCAGGCUGGCUGACUGUUGAAAGAAAGAAUGUGGAUAUUUUGUUUUCCUGUGCGCCUUCUGUGGAUCUGUCAGACGAACAUAAUGUACGCAUCAGGGAACAAGAGGGGCCAAGAACUGCACAGCCUCCGAUUACAGGGCAUUAUCCCCUCCCCCUGUGGGAUGUUUCCUUCUUAUCUGAACCUUAACUCUUCCUGCCUGUGCCUCUCCUACCUGCUUAGAAGUCCCCAGUUGGGAAAAAAAAAAUGCCAAUUUCCCCCAAAUCUCCGAGGAUGUCUUGAUCUUUCAGUUCUUCUUUGAGGUCUAGGACACAGAACUUGAAACACUGCACUCUGUCAACAGCAAUAAUCCUCUCAGUCCUGUGGGAUGGAUGGGUCAGAGGAUGAGAUAAUGGGACCAAGACUGAUGAGACUGACUUUGGCCACUUGGUACCUCUCAGAGUUUAAUCCCAGGACUGGUUGAUUCUUCUGUUUGUGUUACAUGAAAAAGUGCUGCAUGCAGGGAACGGGUCGGCCUGGGAUUGGGAAUGUACUGUUGUGAAGUUUGGGGUGGUAUGGGGAAAACGGUUGCUGCUUAUCCAUCUGUAGCUCACUGUAAUGAAGUCAGUAAGAACCGAAUGAAGUACAGGGAUUAUUGGUGUAGUAUAGGCAUGCGAAGUUUGACAAAGCUCUUAUCCCUUGCACUGUAAUGUGCUGAAAUGUCUUUGUAGACCUGAAGGUGCACUUAACAAAACUGCCUAUUAAGGAAUCACUGUCUUUUGGUUUACUUACUUAUAUUUAUUUUACUGGGCUUUUUGUUCCCUUCCUGGGUAGUGAGCCUUAAUGGCUCACUGAAUACUUGUUUUCUCCAGAAGGAGGAGACUUCUUAUGUGCCGAUAGCCAUAGCUCAGCUCUUCCGGGGCAUUGGGAUCCUAAUUCAAUAUGGCGGCUGUGGAAGAGGUGAACCUUACCAAGGCCGUUGGCAAUCCCGGGAUCUCUGGAGUGGUUAACUCACCUCAAGUGAUCUGAAUUAGAGAGACCAAAGACAUUAAUUUCCUCUGUCUUCAGAUUUAUAGAAGACAGACUGAAGCCAGGAAAGGUUUUUGUUUUUGCAUUCCCUCUUUCCCAUCUGUGCACAAGUAUCCCCUCCAUUCUCCCCCCCCACCCCCGAGAGUUGAGUUCUGAGUAUCAAUUAAGUCAGUACAUUGGGAGUGCCGUAGUGGGUUAGCCCAGCAAAAUCCAGUAGCAAAUUUUUCUGGAAUUAUGGAAUUAUGACUUAUGGAUAGUCAUUUCUCUAAAAUGGAAUUGUAGGGUAGGUUUAGAUUCCACUCUGUUGGAGCCAAAGCACAGGGACAGCACCAUCUUGACUUGCUUGAGAAUGAAAGAGAAACAUGUCAACAAUGAGGAAGGGAUAGAUUUCUUUAAGUGGAAAUUUGGUUUAGCUUAUGAAGGGCCUUCUUCAUGUUGCAUAUAGUUAAAGUUUUUUCAAAUUGUUAACAUCUGAAGAAGUCAGUAAAAAUACUUUCCUAACCCUCCCAUUUAGUAUAGGAGACCUCAAAACAUAUGCUUUUAGAACACUUUAAAUUUUAAUUCUUUGUUUGGUAGAUUGGAAAAAACAGAAAGGAGAAAGAGAACAUCAGCAGAAGGCAAUUCCCCAUUUUCUUCCAGGAAUGGCUUAUUCCUGGGAGUGGUGAGAAUUGGUGGGUGGUAACCAUCCAUAGAAUAAAAUUGUUAGAAAGAAUAUAAACUGCUGAGCAACCGUUUUAUCUUGUCACUUUUUCAAGCAACGAUGAAGUCUUUCGAUGUUUGUGCUUGUUCAAAUAAACUAAACAUUUAAAACCAGAUACAACCCAAGCUGAAUUCUUAUCUCAGGAGGGGCCUCUUAUUUACCCUGCGGGGUGUCAGUACUUGUAUUUAUCUCAUGGAUUUCAGGGUAUAUGCUAACAAGUCCAGUAUGACUCAGGUAAACCUUCCGAGAAUGUACAUUACUUAUCAUUUUUGUCAAGAAGCAAACAGGAACUGAGUUAUUAACCAAACUGGUUCCAUUGCCUUGGGUGACUGUGUGAACUCAUUCAGGGAAGAGAUGUCAGGUUGAGAAGCCUUGGAAUCAAGUGCUGUGUCUCUUUGCUCAGGCAAAAUGACCAGGGGCUUUUUGGGGAAGGCCAGUGUGCAUGGAAGUGAUGAGGCCUCAGGACUUGCAGCUUUAAGGAGACGAGCCCUAGUUACGGUGAUUUUCAUUUGGGAGCUAACUAGGUGUUUACUUUUUAUGACACGAGACUUUGAAGAAUAUAGAAAAGUUCCAUACCGCAAGCCAGAGAAGAAAUGGUGUCAGGACAGAAAAGAAAACCAAAACACAAAAUCCCUUGCAAAAGAUUCCAGGCCAAAUGUAUCUCCUUUCCAGAUCUCGUAGAAGUACCUUUCUUCUCUUCAGUGCACUUUUUGGGACUGUUUAUGCAGCAGCUAUAAGACGAUGACUUGGACUUGAUACAAUAUACCUCUAAUACCAAGUGUUACCAAGAUUAAAAUAAAAAUUGAGUAGUAUUCAUUUAAAGUGCACCAUCAGGACAACAAACCAUUUUAGCUGACAAAGCACUGUUUUCUUUCCUGAAUCUGCCAGUUGCUUACAUCUUGAGCUAGGGGUGUGUCUCAUCUUCACCUCCUGUGCAUUUCUGCACCCUAACUGUUUAAUAUGUCAGGUAGAGGACGUUGAAUGUUAUGCUUUGAGAACCUAACUGAAGCGCAUAGUUUUCAUCUAUGCAAUUUUACUUGCUUCUGUCACUUUAUGAUCUGUUCAUAUUUGGCAUCGAUUAAAGAUAAUUUUUAAGGAUCCUA